AAAAUAUCCCCUUACUCCUGCAAACACCAACACAAAACUUUCUUUGCAGCCAACAAACCUUCGGAGACUGGGACUUUCACUAGAUAUUUCACAGGUAAGACUGGAGUUGUCCAUUCAUUGGGAUAUUUGAUAGUAACGAAGGGGCUUUAAAACCUUUCAACUUAUCAUUGCAAUGUCAUUCCUGUCUGUAUGCCUAUAGUUUAGGAAGUGUCUGUUGAUCUAUGCAGACUGCAGUGACAUGUGUUUUUCAGGUUCAUGGUGUUUCUUUUUUAUUUCUGUAGGAAUGGAGGACGUCGAUAGAUGUGAGGAGGAGCUCAUUGAGUAUGCCAUUCGAGAGAGUAUUCGAGAUUCAUCAAUAGACAGGUAUUCAGAAGAUGGAGAAGAUUACAUCCAUGUAUUAUUUGCACAUCUCACAAUAAGUAUGUUACCUCUCCCUGACUUAGUUUACCCAUUUCUCAACAGCAUACAAACAGUCAGUGGUGACUAUCUGAGGAUAGUGACUGCCAUCGAGCAAGGUAGGACUACCCCUCACCGACCAUUCCUUUGAAACUGCCCUAGCCCAACCCUUGCCCUUCAGCCAUUAACCCCUAACCCUAGUUUUAUGUCCACAUCAGGGUUCAACCUUAACCUUAGCCAUAACCCUAGCCAUAACCCUAACCUAGGGUUCUGUGUGGUGUCUCUCCCUAGGUGAUGUGUGUACCCUGCAGGAGCUUUCUGGUUUGCAGGCAUUCACAGAGAGGGACAGCAGAGGGUGGCUUCCCCUACACAGAGCCGCCGUGCAGUCCCAGGAACAGGUCUUGAAUCAGGUCCUGCUGGGUGAGAGGCCCACAUACCACCAGCAGUACCGCACAACUAGUACCUCAAAUACCAGUAGCCACUUACAGUACUGCUUCUAUAACACUCUGCCACUGGGAUAUUAGGUACUAAUGAAGCACCUAAUACAUGUGUUUAAUUCCCAUUAUUGUUGCAGCUUCCUUUGAUGUGACUGUGGAGGAUGUGACUGCAGACGGGGACACAGCAUUGAUUCUGGCUGUUCAAGAGGGUCUGCUGGAGAACGUCAGGACUCUACUGCAGCAUGGAGCGUCUCCACACAAAACCAACAGCCUGAACGAGUCCCCACUGCUGCUCGGUAACACACACACUCAUACACACACACAGUCACACACACUGGCACUGCACUAUACUGUAUUCAAGCACUGUUAUAAUAAUAUAAUAAUAAUAAUAAUAUGCCAUUUAGCAGACGCUUUUAUCCAAAGCGACUUACAGUCAUGCGUGCAUACAUUUUUGUGUAUGGGUGGUCCCGGGGAUCGAACCCACUACCCUGGCGUUACAAGCGCCGUGCUCUACCAGCUGAGCUACAGAGGACCACAUGUUCUAUGUUGUCAAUCAAGCAAGCAUGUGCUGUUUUGUUAUGUGUUGUCCUGUGUUGAUGUGUGUUAGCGGUGAGACAGGGAUCAUAUGACAUGGUGUCCACUCUGAUCAUUUGUGGGGCCUUCGUGGAACAGGUGUGUCUGAAGAAGUGGAUGGCCAUUCACGAGGCAGCAAAGGUGAGUUGGAGUUACACCGGUAGUCUUGUUUAUAUUACUGCCUCAUCAAGGUGCUGGAAUGCCAAAACAUGUCAUAAAAAACAAUGUUUUAUUGUAAUUCCCUUUUCCUUAAAAAGUGUGCGUGAUAUCUUGCCAGGUGGGCUGCAGUGCCAUCCUGGUGCUUCUGCUAAGACAUGGGGCCAAGGUGACAGCUGUAGAUGGGCACAAUGUCACCCCGCUGGGCAUCGCAGCAGAGUACGCCCACGCCGAGGUCCUGGAUAUACUCAUAAAGAACGGUACGAGCCAAUCAGAGGCCUUAGAUUGACCUUGAUGAAUAAUGUACAUUUUCAAAAUAUAUUGUCAAAACAAAAGGCAAAUAAACAUUCUCGAAGAAUAGCCAAAAAUACAAUUACAAGGAACUGAAAAAUAGUUUAAUGUAAAUAUCAGUUAUACGUAAACGUUUGACUUGAACACAAGUCUACAGGACUACAGUAGGGUUAAUCAUCCUCCUUCCCCACCAGGUGGCGACGUGAAUGCCAAGGCAUAUAACGGAGACACUGUUCUGUACGAUGCAGCCGGCUCAGGGAACCUGGACUGCAUAGACCUCCUCCUGCAAGCUGGAGCCAACCCUAACAUAGCCAGUCUGGCCUGCCAGCUGCCCAUACACAGAGCUGCCUAUGAGGGACACAUCCUGUGAGUGGCUCACUCUUACUACGUGGGACACUGUAGCUCAGCUGGUAGAGCAUGGCCCUUGCAACGCCAGAAUUGUGGGUUUAGAUUCCAAGGACGUAAAAUAUCCCAUAUGUCAAAUGUAUGCACGCAUGACUGUAAAUUGCUUUGGAUGAAAGCGUCUGCUAAAUGGCAUAUAUUACUAACAGUCUAGAACAGGGAUGUACUGUACAGCUACUGGAGAGCGUGCUGGUCUUUGUGGCAAUCAAUUGAUCAAGACAUGUAUUUGGCUAGAGAGUUAUCUGAUUAUCCAGUUCUUAGAAAGUGUUGUCCCUGAGGAAUUGUCCAUCCCUGGGUCUAGAAGCAGUUGUUCAGUUCAUAGUCUAGAUCCUAUUUCAACAACAUAAUCAAUAGUGAUGGUAUAGUCAACAAUCUGAUCUAUGAUGUUGUGUUUGUCCCAGUGCUCUGAGGACCUUCAUCCCCAUCACCACUAAGAGAGCCAUCCGUCUGUCUGGCCAGAGCCCAGUCCACUCUGCAGCAGAUGGCGGCAAUGUUGACUGUCUGGAGCUGCUCAUAGAGAAAGGCUUUGAUGUCAACGCUCAGCUGGACACACACAUCUCAGGUACAAUCCAUGGACACACACAAACCAGGUAGUACAAUUGGGCACACACAUGGACACACAAUCUCUUUUAUAAAGGAGCCCUGCCCAAGUGGCAGGUGCUUGUAACUCCAAAGUUGUGAGGUUGAUUCCUGUGUGACAUGGCUAAUUGAGUGACUGUCAGUGACUGACAUAACAAGAGAAAAACUGCUGAUGCACAACCACAUUUACAAAAUUGCACCUGGUGUAUUCUACUAUUCUGACUUUCAACCCAGACUGAGUUCCUAGCGGCAGGGGGCCCUAAGCAACCGCUUAUGUCGCUUAUGCCUGAGGCCGGCCCUGCAUAUAGGCUUCUUAUUAUAAACGUGUUAAAUGUAAGAUGUUUUGGAUAAGAAUUAAACAAAAUGGAUCAAUUGAUCAUGUUGUUAUAACUGUGUUUCCAGAGAACUAUGGGGACAUGAGGCGGAGUCCGCUCUACUUCGCCGUAUCAAACAGUGAUGUCACCUGCACAGAGAUGCUGCUGGCUGCCGGUGCCAAAACUGACCUGGACCCGUUACGCUGCUUCCUGGUGGCUGUACGCGCUGGGAGGUAUGAGACCGUAUCUGAAUGGGUAACUCAAGACCGUGGUAGACCACUGAACUAAGCCUAGGUGUUAGCUUUGGGAUAACGCAAGUCUUCAUGUCUCCGUCAGGGAAGGUUUUUCCUUACUUGAGAGUAGCCCAUGUUUCACAAACUAACUCUGCAAUAGCUAUAAAUGAAACUGAAUGGAGCACAGCAGUGAUGUCACCAACUUCUAUCUAUUGGAACAGUUUGUUGGCUCCCAUGCUAGGUCCCAUGAAUUUGUUUAUUUUUUAACGCUUCUGCUUGGAAUUAUGACGUUGUCUUAACCUUUCAUCUUCAACCUAGUGUCCAUGUAUUGCUACUUCCUGGUCUCUUCUAUGACAUCACCUGUCUAACCCGAUCCCAUCCCUCCCCAGGUAUGAGCUGGUGCGUCUGCUAUUGUCCAGUGGUGCCGAGGUCAACUGCUACUUCAGAAUGAUCAGUGACACAGUGUUUCCCACCGCGUUGCAGUACUGUCUCAGAGAUCACAUGAUGCUGCGCCUGCUGCUCAACAACGGCUACGACGUAGACAAGUGCUUCCUGUGUAACCACGGCAACGGACAGGAUAUGGACUGCGACUCCUGGGUCGAUUACCACCAUAACCAUAGAAUAACUUUAUUUUAUAACCAGGACUACAGAGCCUCGGUAAGUCCUGUAGGCCAACUCUUGGUCUAUUCCAGUAGACCAGGAGUUGGCCCCCAAUCUUUGAUUUAGAAUAGAGGAAGUAGGUAAGUCCUGGAUCUGGAGGGAGGCAGGUACUGUAUUUUUGUUCUGGGCUGGAACAAAAGCCUGCACACACUGUGGUCCUCUAGGACCAGGGUUGGCCGCCGCUGAUGUAGAAUGUGUUUGUCUAACUUAGAACAUAACAGCAAGUGUAGCUAAUACCUUGUCCAGUUCCAGUACUUGUCCUUCUGAUGUCAGUCUCGCUGUCCUGUUCGCUCUCUGCUCCAGUUCUGUGAAAUAAUCUCCCUGUCGUCGGUGGUCAACCUGGCGGGGAGUGUGGUACAGAUGCUUCUGGACUACGUCAGGCACCCACGUAUCUGCCCCAACCUCCUACGGGUCCUGGAGAAACAGAAAGAGUGGCCAGACAUCUGUGACAUUCUGGGUAAUGCAGCAUCAUUGCUAAUAAUCAUAAUCCACUCCCUCUUAUAAUCACAAAUACAAUAAUCAAUUGCCUAUAGUGGACAAAAAACAGUGGGAAUGCAAAUACUGAAAUAUCUUACAGAUCAUCUCGCCAUCAUCAUGUACAGAAUAACCUGACUUUUUGUGUGUGUGUGUGUGUCCGUCCAUGUGUGUGUAUCCCCAGACAACCCGCGGUCCCUGCAGCACCAGUGUCGUUUGGUCAUUAGGAGACAGAUGACCCCUAGGAGACUGAAUGACCCUGAAGUCAUGGCUGCCGUACCGUUCCCCCCGACACUCAAACACUACCUCACCUACAGGGAGUACAACGAGUAUGGUGGGUCGGCAGCCUCACACUCA